CGUAGCGUUGGCUGUCAUUGUCAUUUUUACCGGAAAUUAGUUCGCCACCCCUUUUGGAAGACGCGCUAAGUCGCGAUUGCCGGCUAUUUUAUUUGUAACAAAUUGUUAGUUAGUGUUAUUUGUUCAAAUAAAAGUGAAAAUGGCGCCACGUACAGCGAAAGCUAAGAAAACAGCUGAUGUAAAAGUAUCCGAAAGUGAUGCACCCAAAAAGGGCAGAGGCAAAGCUAAAACCAUACCUGAGCCAGAACAGGACACAGAAUCAGUCGAUGAGAAGAUUGUGGUCACAGAGAAGAAAAACAAACGGGGAAAAAAUAUUGUCAAUUACAAUGAAGAUAAAGAUGAAAUUCCAGCUACUAAGAAAGGCAGAAAGAAGAAUGUUGACCCGGUUGCAAAUGAUGAACUGGUUGCAGAUGAAGUUAUAUCUCUAAAUGGUGACUCUACUGAGGAUGGUACCGCAUCUCCGGCUGAUGAGGUAGACGAAACCGAAUCUAACGGCCAUUCCGAAGAAAAGGCUCCUACAAAGGGUCGUAAGAAGGCAACUAAAAAGGAACCAGCAGAAAAGUCUAAAGAGUCUGGUAGAGGAAGAAAAAAUGCUAAACAAGAAGUAGAGACAGCUGAUAAAGAGGAGGCAGUCGAUGAAAAACCGAAAGGCAGAGGCAGGGGGCGAAAACCUCAAGCAAAGCCAGAACCAGAGAGUGAGGAAAAUCCUGAAGAAGAAGAAACUAUUGUUUCAACUGCACCCAAAAGUAGAAAAAAGGCUCCAACAAAAUCAGCACCUGAGAAAGAAGAAGAAAACGACAGCGAAGACUUAGCAGAAAUCAAGGAUGAGGAAGAAGAAAAACCUGAAGAGCCAAAAAAGAAAGGCCGUAAAAAUCCACCAAAGAAAAUUGUGCCUAAAGAGGUGCUAGAAGAAGAAGAUGAUGAAGAUAUGAAAGAGGAAGCCCCUGCAAACAAAAAAAGGAAAGGUGUUAAGAAAGAAGAGAAGGGAAAAGAUGAGUCAAAAGAAGAAGAGGACGACGACGAAGAUAGUCUUCCUGAAGCAAAACCUGUUAAAGGCAAGCGAGGACAAAAGAAGGCAGCAGACAAGUCUGCAAACACAGAGGAAGUGCAAGACACAGGCGAACCUACAACGAAACGUCGGCGAAAGGCCGACGAGAAGGUCGCCGAAGAUAGUAAAAAGAAAGUAUCAAAAAGUGUUACAGACUAUGAAUCUAUGGAUUUCAAAAAUAACUCUAAAAAUUCACAAGAUAAAGAAUGGAAUUUAAAAAUUUCUUGUUGGAACGUGGACGGAAUCAGGGCGUGGAUGGGAAAGGGUGGAUUGGAUUUCCUGGAAUAUGAAAAGCCGAAUAUACUGUGCUUGCAAGAGACGAAAUGUUCGCAAGACAAGUUGCCCGACGAAGUGAAGAACGUACCAGGGUACCAUGCUUAUUGGUUGGCCAGCGAUAAAGAUGGCUACGCGGGUGUAAGCAUCUACACGACAAAACUAGCCAUGAAUGUACAAUAUGGAUUACAAAACGAAGAACUUGACACCGAAGGUCGAAUCAUCACAGCAGAAUACGAACAAUUCUAUCUUAUAUGCACGUAUGUGCCAAAUGCGGGCCGUAAACUGGUAACACUUGAUAAGAGACUGAAAUGGAAUGAAGAAUUUCGGAAAUAUGUAAAAGAGCUAGACAAAAAGAAACCUGUUAUAAUAUGCGGAGAUAUGAACGUGGCACAUAAAGAAAUUGACUUGACAAAUCCGAAAACCAACAAAAAGAAUGCCGGUUUUACUGAAGAGGAACGGACCGGUAUGAGUGAGCUGCUUGGAGAUGGUUUCGUAGACACCUACCGCCAUUUCUACCCGGACAAAACUGGAGCUUACACAUUCUGGUCAAAUAUGUCCAACAGCCGAGCGAAAAAUGUGGGAUGGCGUCUUGACUAUUUCAUAAUAUCAGAGAGGUUGGUGCCGGCGUUAUGCGACAGUGUUAUAAGAGAUAAAGUAUAUGGAAGCGACCACUGCCCUAUAUCGCUAUUCCUCAGCCUAAGUAGCGCUGAUAAACCUAAAGAAUAAACUACUACUUACAAUACAAUAAGGGACUGUUUGCACAAUGAAGCACUGCUUAGAACACUCAAUAUUUUGAGCAAACCAUAUUCACCAGGCUGCAGUGAAAACAAUGAUUACGAGAGUUACAAUGGAAUCUAAUCAUAUUAAUGUUGAUGUUAACUUGGUAACACAUUAUCAAGCAAUUGAUGACUACUAAGUUGCUUGUAGAAUCACCCAACAGUACAUAGAAAUUAAUUUUUUUUUGAUACAAUUACAUUACAUUACAUUUUGGUAUAGGUGAAAAUUUCAUUAAGUCUCAAAACCAAAAAAUGCAGUUUUACUUAAUUUUUUAAGAGACUUUCAAUUCAAAUGCUUUUUUGUUAGUGCAGGUAUUGUUUUGUUUGAGAAUUUGAAUGUCCAACAUGCAUCUUGAUUUUUUAUAAAUUAUGUUAAAAUUGUUUUGUUUGGUACAGUGUACAAUUACAUUCCUAAUGGAUCACUUAAUUAUAAAAA